AUGGCUUAUCUCACUUUGCUUUUGGCUAUUCUUCAUGUGCACAAAGCACUGUGUGAAGAGACCUUUUGGGACACAGCUGUUCAGCUCUCUGAGACUAUGACUCUGGAAUGUGUGUAUUCAUUUACGGAUAACUUAACCCAGGUGGAGUGGAGCAAGAUCAAUGGCACAGAGAAAGUGACCAUAGCUGUUUACAACCCUAGCCACCCUGUGCAUAUACAGCAUAACUACCUCCAUAGAGUGCACUUUCUGAACUCAACAGUGGGGUUCCACAAUAUGAGCCUUUCCUUUCACAAUGCCUCUGAAGAAGACAUCGGCACCUACUCAUGCUUGUUUCAUACUUUCCCACAUGGAUCUUGGGAAAAGAAGAUAAAGGUGGUCCAGUCAGAUAGUUUUGAGAUGGCUGCACCCUCAAAUGGCCAUCUGUAUGCAGAACCUGGACAAAAUGUUACACUCAGUUGCCAGCUUCAAAGGAAAUGGCCAGUGCAACAAGUCAUGUGGGAAAAAGUCCAGCCCCAUCAGGUAGACAUCUUAGCUUACUGUAACCUAUCUCAAAAGACAAGAUACACAUCACGGUACCAAAGGAAAACAUGGAGCAACUGCAGCAAGAGGAGCAUGCAGAGUGUCCUCAUCAUCCCCAGUGCCAUGGCUGCUGACUCUGGACUUUACAGAUGCCGCUCUGAGGCCAGCACAGGAGAAAAUGAAACCAUUGUCAUAAGGCUGAUCAUAACUGAUGGUGGAUCUAAUAACCAUUUUAUCCUUCCCGUUGCUGGAGGGUCAGUUUCCCUGUUGUUUGUUAUCCUGAUUAUAAUCAUCACGAUCAUGUUUUAUAACAGAAGGAGAAGGAGACAGGUGAGAACACCACUUAAAGAGCCCAGGGAUAAACAGAGUAAGGUAGCCACCAACUGCAGAAGUCCCACUUCUCCCAUCCAGUCUAUAGAUGAUGAGAAAGAGGACAUUUAUGUGAACUAUCCAACCUUCUCUCGAAGACCAAAACCAAGAUUCUAAGCUGUUCUUCUGGCCUGAGCACAUUAGUGAUAACUUCUAUGGCAUGGAUUUUCAGCCAUCCUCUUUUCAUCACCAGUAUAAAAUGUAUUCAAUUUAUUUUAUUUGCUAAAAAGAAAUACUUCAUCACCUGGGAACAUUCUUAAUAGAGAUACAUUAGAAAAUCCAAAUCUAAUUAGCGCACACACGCAAGAAAACUUGUCCCAUUGUGCAAUAGAACAGUCUAGAGAAGAUGAAGUGUCAUAAGAUUUUCUUGUUGUAUUUGAAAUUAAUGGUGUGCAGAAGCUUGUCUCUAGAUCCUCCCUACAGUGUUGGUUCCAAUACUACUGGUCCAAUACUCUUGCUGCUUCCCUCAGAUGCUCCCAUGAUGAUUGCCGGUGUCACUUGGUGGAAAGUUUACUGGUCAAACACAAGAAACAAAGUUCAUUAUUCAUGUAUUAGUAAGAGGAUAGCAUUAUCGUAAAGGAUGAGAUGACUUAAGUCAGGUAUGGGUUCUCCUAUAAAAUAGGGGCGGCACUAAAGCAUUACUUGGGAAUUCCAAGUAUUGUUAAAAAGAAGGAUGAGAGGGGUCUAGAAGCUGAGGUAUUCCUAACAAACAUUGACUACAAAGACAUCACUUGUUAACCAGCUAACAAGUGAGUAUGCUGCAAGAUCAGCAUAAUUUAAAAAAAGUACAUGUAAAGGAAUGGCCAGGAAUGAGACAGGUGUGAAAUGUGUCUCUUUCCUUUCGAGGUUCAAAUAAAUUCAACUCCACUUUUAUAGAGAAGUCUUGCCAUCCACUGGGCCUACUCUUCUAUAAAAUGAGAUACUCCAAUAAGAAACAAUGCUUUUGAUAAUGUUUUUUUUCAAUUUUGAGAAUUAUUUUAAUAUGUAAAUUUGUGAGUUAAAAAACUUGCAAAAUGAAUGCAUGAAAGAGAUUGGUGGUUGUAAGCAGUAGAGCAUAGAAAUGUAGGCAUCUGAGAGCAGAGAGUUUGGAGAAUGUGGGGGAAGAGGGAAAGGUAUCACAGAAUAAUGAUGUAUGAAAGAAAACCUGUGCUCCAGAUUUUGGACAAGUCCAUCCCGACCAACACUGCUGCCAUUGAGAGAAUAUGCUUGUUGUAGUUACAUUCAGGAUAGAGGAAAAAAUAAGGAGUACUUGUGAAACUAAAUAAAACUAUAGUUAUCUUCAAAUCAUGGUAGUCUUUAUCAAAUUAAAUGAUGUUUAGUAUCUGAAAGACCCAUUUAUUAUCUCCACAGAAAUUUAAAGGGUCAUAAUCUUUAAAUCUUCAUUGCAGAAAGUUUCAUUAAAGUUUCUGAUUUGUAUAUUUUGUUACAAACUUAAGUGAAACAAAUUCAAAUGCUAAUGCUGUUACAUAGAUUCUCAACUGUAAUUCAUAGUUUUAAGCUAAUUAGUGGAUAUUUCAUAUUUUUAACCUUAAAUACCAUGCAUGACGAAUAGGCCAAUUAUUUUGCCAACUACAGAAAUUCAGAGGGCUAUAAAUGAAAAUGACCAUUUUUUUAGUUGUGUUUAUGUAUUUAUUCAGGAAUGGUUAUUCAGAUCCUUACUGUUUGUUUGAAGAUUUCUGUGUCUCAUUUUGUGAACUGUUUCCAUAAAUAUGUCAGUGUACCAAAGUUGGAAGACAAUUAACAGAAAAUAGUCAACAUUUGGAACCAUCAGAGAUUACAUGGCUAUACACCUCAGGUUGCGUGGUGAAACAACUAAGUAUUGUUCAUAAAGCAGUCUAGUUAUUUUCCACAAAUGUUAAGACAAUCAAAAUACUGCUUUCUAGAAUACUCAGGUGCCCAGUUUUGUAAUGGCUAAGUAAGUGAAAGGGAAUGCUUUUAUAAUUGCACUAUAGGAAGAUGUAAGUAGCUACCUGGCGGUCAGUGAUUUGUAUGAAGAGUCACCUAAGUAGACCAAGAAAGCCUCCGGAACUUGGGCACUUGUCUCUGUUGCUGUGGGAAUUCACAUGCUUUUUUGAAAAAAAAAAUCACUCCCUCAAAAUGUAUUUACUCUGCCUACCCUUCCUUUCUACAUGUAAUUCCCUUGCAGAAUUUAAUAUUUAUCAGCAACACUUAAUGCGACCUCUGACCUCCCCAUGUCUUUCUUAUGUUGAAGAGAUGAUGCUCACUGUCUCUCUGGACAUUUUGACUGCUGUCUUUGUAUCCUGCACAGUUCACCAGAUUUCUGGAAUGUGACUCCCUCCAAAAACUGUGCCUGUUGUGCUGACUGGAAGCAGGGUGAUCAAAAC